AUGAAGCAUGCGCGCACGUGUGUGCUCCUUGCAGCCUGCUACGGCUUCCAACGCGCAGCUGCUGCAGGUGACGACCACCAUGACCACGCGCAUGACCAUGGCGACCACGGGAGCUUUGAGUGGGCAGGCAUCUUCGAAACACCAGAGAGCAAUUAUCUCUGGACGGCGCAGAAGGUGGACGGGAGCUAUGUGGAUCCCAGCAUGAAGAUCGUGGCUUUGCCAGCCACAACCUUGACCCAGCAGGGCCUCAGCGACUUGGAGGCGCAAGGAAAGGAGGCCAUGGAACUCACUUGUACUCAAGUCCAAGCCGGAGGUACCAUCACCCCGGCUAAUAACACCUGCUACGAUCUGCAGUUCCAAGCGACUGCAUGGCAGAGCCUCUUCAACGUUGAUGCCAGCGCCGUUUCGGGCAUCGCUUUCUUUACAGCCCAUGUUCCCACAGAGUUCGAAGCAACAGCCCACUACCUGAAGGACAGCAUUGGCACAGACAUCGAGCCGCUUGGUGAGCUGCCAGUCAAAGCAGAGGAAGAGACGCCGAUGGAUGCAGGUCCCUUCGCCGCAGCCUUCCUGGUGAACUUGGUCACCUUCAUCGGAGUGCUGUUGAUGUUCGGGCCCUUGAGGAGGAUGAUGGAGAAGCCAGUUUUUAGUGCAAUGCUCUUUGCUUUCGCUGCUGGCGCUUUGCUUGCCUGUGCCUUCUUCCUGCUCCUCUUUGAGUCCACCCACCUUAUUGCAGUGGGCUGGAAGACGGAGGUCGACAUUGUAUGGCGAUGGGGAGCCAUGAUCUUGGCGGGCAUGGUGGUGCCGCCAGUGGUGGAGACUAUCAUCAGCCUGCUGACGCUUACCCGCGGUCAGGGGGAGUCACCCCCAGCAGAAGAUGCAAAGCAGGAGGCUGAGACGGGGCCCGAAUUGGAGGGCUUGGACAGCGCGCAGAAGUUCCGGGCCAAAGCACGACUAUUGGGAGCUGUGAUGAUUGGCGACUUCUUCCACAACCUGUGUGAUGGCUUCUUCAUUGGGGCAGCUUUCCAAGUCUGUGGCAAUGCGUUUGGCUGGAGCGUGGCUACGGGCACGAUCCUGCAUGAGCUGCCUCAGGAGCUCGCGGACUUCGUCAUCUUGACUGGUCCAGUGGUUUCCAUGUCCUCUUUGAAGGCCCUGGCGUUCAACUUCCUGAGUGGUCUCAGUGUCCUCCUUGGAUGCCUCAUCAUCUAUCUGACGAAAGUUGACGACUCCCUUGUUGGCCUCAUCCUGGCCUUUGGUGGUGGGGUGUAUUUGCAUGUCGGUGCUACCGACUGCUUGCCAAAGAUGUACGACCCCAAGCUCACCUUGGGACAACGAAUCUGCGCUUUUCUAUCUUUCGCGGUUGGGGCUGUUUGCAUUGGCUUGAUUCUCAUCGGCCACGAACACUGCAUAGCUGAGGGUGGCGCCCACGAUCAUGGUUCAGGGCAUGAUGGACAUGCCCACUAG